UUCUUAGUAUUUCUGUUGACAUUAUGUCAUGCAAGUUGUAAAAAUCAUAAAUUAUUUUCAUUGCCUACAAACUUACAGACAAUCUUCAAUAAGCCCCGAAUUCAUAAUAUCUUGGCCAAUUGACUGGUUCAUUUGUAUGUAAUAAUUUCUAGAUCACAAUAACCAAUAACCGCAGUUACUACGACAAGCAUUACUUUCCACUCAUAAUUCCACAAACUUGUGUCAACAAUAUAAAAUCAAUGUUCGUGUCCCUGGAUACCAGGAAUUUGUUAAUUCAAUUGUUUACUUUGCGCCAACUUUUUGGGAAUAACCACAUUGCCGAUAACUUUCAUGGCUUUGUUGGGGAGCUUUGCUGAUUUAGUUUUUUUCAAGUCGGCAUUAGUGAAGGUUUAGAAAUUUUGUUCGCGGAUUUGCUACUAAACAAUCGGAAAGAGUUGAAGACAAAUGUGUUUUGAGAGAUGCAGGCAUACCGUGAUAACUUCAAGCAAACCCCUUGCCCAGCUUCGUUUGAGUCAAGCGGUACGUCGGCGGGUCGAUUGCCUUUUUCUAAAACAAGUCGCAACCGUAACGCAAUAGAUAAAACAUCUGGUUGUGUUGGUGUUGCCAAUCCGAGUGGUGCUGCUCCAUCUUCUGAAACCGGUGUAUUAACAACACCAAGAAUGCUAAGUCCUACACAAAAUGUUGAGCCUACAUCCACGGCCGCGUUACUGCGACAAAACCAUGAGCUGCGUCAACGCCUCUCGGAUGAGGCUAGCAGCUAUCGACGACGUAUUGACUCCUACAAACAGGCGCAGCAAAAUCAAGCUAAUCUUGUUAGUCGCUUACAAUCAAAAAUACAACAAUAUCGACAGCGUUGUAGCGAUCUCGAGGAUCGAAUGCAUGAUUCGAUUAAGCACACACCGGUGCCCCCUUGUGCGCCGAAGAUAACCACCGGUCCAACCUCUAGUCAGGUUAUGUGUUCAACAUCAAUGGCUUUAGGUCAAUCAAGCCUGCCCUGCUCAUCUUCUUUGGACUCGCCGCCUUUAACUUGUGGACGAGACUUUAUUGUACACGAAGAUAGUGGUGAGCUUUGCCGUAAGCUUGAGGAUGAACAUAGCAAAUGUGAACAACUCAUUGCACAGAAUAAUACAUUGCGACAGCAGUUGGAAGAAUCGAAUCGCACAAACGAAGCCAUAACUAAUGAUCUACAGAAGCUGACUAACGAUUUUUCCAACUUACGAGAUGAAUUGCUUAUUAAGGAGGACGAAUACAAAGAAGAAGAACAGGCCUUCAAGGAUUACUACAAUGGUGAACACAAUCGCCUCUUGAAGAUGUGGCGUGAAGUGGUUGCUGUUAAACGUGCUUUCAAAGACAUGCAGUCUGCAAUGAAAAAUGAAGUGGGCAAAAUGAGCUUGGAGAUAGGUAGCGUUACUAAGGAUGUCACGAACUCAUGUGGUGGUCUGUCAUUUGUCCUACAGCAAGCUAAACGCAUAACAGAUGCAGAACUUUGUGAGUCUAGACGUGAGAAUAAUGAUUUGAAGUCUCAAAUGGCGACCUUAAAGGUGCAAUUCGAAAGCGCACGACAAGAAGUUUUAGAACGGGAUCAGAGGUUACUCGACCUAAUGAAUCAGUUGAAAAAACUUGAAGAACGUUGCGCUCAGGCAGAAUCGCAAGCGAUGCUGGCCAAUCGUUAUAACGAUGAAAUCGAGAGGCUGAACAAUUCUAUACGUGAAAUUGCGCAAGCCGUCGUACAAGACGCCGAAAGUGCCGACCGCGAAGCGGACGCUACAGAGGCGAAUGAGUCGAUGCAGCACAUGCACUUGACGCGUGAUAGCGGUGCCGGUAUGAGCGUACCAACAAAAUCGCCGCGUCGCAGCUCGGCUCGUGCAUCGCAAGCUUUUGCUGAAGGCACUAUAUCAGCAGUACAAGCCGCACUACAUAAAUAUCAAUUGGCCUUGCAUGAUAUGCAAGUGAAAUUUCAGAAUGCUAACGAAAAUUUGCGAAAUACUAAAGCACAACUCGAAACGAACGAAGGCACGAAAGCACUCUUGACUACGAAGGUACAACAACUUACUGAAAAACUUGACGCCAGCAAUUCGAAGCUAUCUGAGCUAUUAAAAGAAAGAGAUAGUUUACAGAAGACGCUCGAGGAGACACGCCAACAGAAACAACAAAGCGAACAAGGACGUCUCGAUUUGAAUUCAGCAUUUGAAAAUCUUAGUGUAGAUUUUGAGAAGCUGCAAAUAAAGAAUGGAAAACUGCAGAAGAAAAUCGAUCUACUUGAAGAUGAUAAAAAGGCGGUGGAGCUGGAAAUUCAACGGAUACUUAAGGACAAAAAUAUACUCGAAAUGAAUCUGCGGUCGGAAGAGGAUCGCGGUAGCCGUUUGCGUGAGGAGACUAUAUCAUUACGUGAGGAAUUAAAUAGCGUAAGCCUUACUCGAGAUUUGCUUGAACAACAACGUAUCGAAUCCGAAAAUAUCAUUAACCUAAUCGAAAAGCAAAAGUCCGAUUUGGAAUAUGACUUGGAUAAGCUCCUUUUAGAAAAAUGCGAUCUACAAGAAAGGCUGGAUAAAUUAUCGAAUAGUAGCACGUCCACCUCCGACGAAUUAAAGACAUUGCAAAUUAAUUUAGUUCAAACACAAGAAGAGCGCAACAAAUUAAAAGCAGAAGUCGAAGAAAUCCAUAAGGAAAUAGCGUCAGUUCGCAAGGAGCUAAGCAGCGUUGAAAAGGCUCGUUUGGAAUUGGAAACAGAUAAUUUGUCAUAUAGUGAAAAGCUAAAAUGUACCCAACUAGAAAAAGAGAAGAUUCUGCAAGAUCUGGCCUGUGUGACUCGCGAUCGCGGUGAUAUUCAUAAUCAAUUGACCGCCUUAUGUCGCAAGAAAGAAUCGCUUAACGAAGAACUAAUGCGGACGCGUCAAAAGUUGGAACAAACCGUCGAAACAAAUAAUCGUUUGAAUAGAAAUCUAGAAGAAAUGGUAAAGGAUGUGGAGGAAAAACAGGUCGUUAUAGAUUUGCAUGAGAAGGAAACACAUCGGCUACAGGAACUUCUGGCGGCAUUACGUACCGAAAAGGAAUCUCUUGAAGCUGUGCUCUUCGAUACGAAUACACAGUUAGAAGCGACUGAGGAGAAGCGUCAACAGCUGGAGCGUGAUUACCAGGAAGCACUUGUGCGUGAAGAGUCUUUGAAAAAUACCGUUAGUCGUCUAAAUAAAGAACUAGAACAAUGCCAACGUCGAGCACAAGAAACUAAAACUCAAUUAAUGAAUGCGGCACGAGCCGCUGAAAAUGAUUUCAAUCAAAAGAUUGCGAAUCUGAAAGCGGCAGGAGAGGAAGCUGCUAAGAAACACGCGGACGAGUUAUAUAAACUCAAAACAGGGUUGGAAAAGCGCAUGGCACAAGCGCUUCAGGCGUUGCAAACAGCAAAGGAUGACGAAAUAGAAAAGUUACAGGAGCGCUUAGAGGCAUUACAAGCCCACUUGGAAAGCUUAGUGCAACAACAUGAGGAGGCGAUGAUACGCGCGGAAAAUGAAAAGCAACAAGCUUUGCUGAUGGCACAUCGCGAUAAACAAGCGCUCAUGGAAAAGUUAGAAGGAGUCGCGCGAGAAUUGAAAGUGGAACAAGAUGGACUCGAACGUCUGAAACGUGAACACAAUGCGCAUGACGAAAAACAACGCAAUGCGAUUGCGCAGCUAAAGGAUGAAAUCUCGGCAAUGCGUACAAGAGAGGAGGAAAACAGAAUGAAACUAGAAGAAUGUAUAAGGAAACAGGAAAUGCAAAUAACAAGCAUAAAAGAGGAAAGGGAUAAUCUUAAUCGACUUGCGGAAGAGUUAAAAAUGGAAAUACGUCUAAAAGAAGACAAAGUGGAGGGAAUCAACAAUGAAUUGCAGGACGCAUUGAGAAAAACAAAAGAAGGUGAAGGCUAUAUAGACAGUUUACGCAACGAGCUUACCGAUUGUCGCCGCCAAUUGGCGGACAGUAAUAUUGAGAAGGAUAAGUAUUCCAACAGCAAUAAGGAGUUGCGCGAUCACGUGAAGCACGUCGAGAGCGCAAAACGUGAACAGGCACGCGCCAUCGAAGAAGCUUUACAGAAAAUUAAUACACUACAAGAAACGAAAAGUUCUCUGGAAAAUGAACGUACACGAUUAACGACGAUUUUAAAGGAGACCGAAAAUAAUAUGAGUAAAACUGUGCAAGAACUCAAUUCGACCAAGAAUACACUACAAAAGACCCAAAUGGAUUUCGCACAAAAGGAUGAAGGAGGAAAGGAAUUGCAGAACAAGUUGGUGGCGGAAACCGAAUCGAAGGAGCGCAGUCAGCAGGAACUCAGUCAGAUAAAAAAACAGCUUGCCGAUCUCGAAGAAAAUCUAUGCGAAACAAGAGCGGAACUUGGACGCGCUCGUUGUCAGUCCAAUCAAGACGAGCAUCGUUUUCACAAUCGUGAGCAGGAGUUGCUUGCGCGCAUUGAAGAGGCACGUGGUAGGGAAAAACGUCUGGAAGAUCAGAAACAUAAUCUCGAAGUAUGCCUUGCUGAUGCUACACAACAAAUACAAGAGUUAAAAGCACGACUAGGUGGUGCCGAAGGACGUAUACGCGCACUGGACGAGCAGUUGGCUUGCGUAGAGCUCCACAAACGCGAUACAGAGCAUAAAUUGAGUUCAGUAGCGCACACAUUGCGCCGCAUUGCCGGCAUUCAACCCGACGGUAGUGUCAAUCUAUCCUAUCGUCUCAUCAGCCCAACCCGACGUUACAGUCCUAUACGGAAUGGCAUAGCAUCAUCCAGUUGCCAUGACUAUGAUGCUAGAAGUACGUCCCAAUGUCCUGAGGUACCUUGUGAUCUAGAUCCCGAUUUGGUACGUAAAGGAGUGCGCAAUCUAAUGCAUCAAGUGGCACAAAUUGAGCGUGAAAAAGAUGAUGUGAAAGUACAAUUGGCGACAGCCAAAAAACAACUACAGGAUGCGGCUGAACAGCAGUUACGUUGCGAUGGAAAAGUCGGUAAACUUCAGCAAAUGCUGCGACACUUGCAGGAGGAGAAGAGUAACCUAAACACUGAAUGUAGUAUGAAAGCUUCAGCCUUAAAUGCGUUGGAAGAAAAGUUUAAGCAGAAAUGUGACGAAUGUCAGCAAAUGCGCGAAAAGAUUACGCAACUUGAAAUGCAGUUAGGAUCAUGUAACGAGGAAAAUUCACAGAUCGAGGAUCGUUUAGAGAAAUGCCGUUCUCAUGGCUCGAAAUUAGAAAAUGAGAAACGUCAUCUCCAAGAAGAGUUAGCCAAAGCAGAGGGUCGUGCCGCGAAGUUGGACUUGCAGCGUGUCGCCAUGGAGGGUGAUAUAAAUCGCCUGCAGAUGGCUCUGCAAGAAAAGGACUGCCAGGUACGGCAAGCACAAGAACGACUAGACAACCAAAAUAGAGCAAUGGUACAAUUAGAGGAACGUUGUACUUCACUUAAGACGACAGUGGAUCAAAUGAAAGAUCGCCUGCAAAAGACAGCUGUCACAGAAACGGAACUGCGUGGGGAAAUAAAAGUGCUGAACAAGGAACUCUCUGAACAAGGACAUUGUUCUCAAACAAAUGAAGAGAAACUAAAAUUACUACAAAAACAAUCACAAGCAGCGGAAAAUGAGAAACGUAUUCUCGCUGAACGUUUGGAUAACGCUCAAGGCAAUUUGAAUGAGUUACGACGCAGCCAACAGGCGCAAUUAGAUCGUAUUCAGAGAUUGCAAGAGCAGGUUACUGACAUGGAAGUGCAACGUUCAGCUUUGGAGUCACAAUUGCGCAUUGCUAAAUGGAAUCAAGAGACAGGCGACAGUGGCGGUAUAACGACGAAUGCCGACAAACGUGAGGAGGAAGAGCUCAAUCGACAAUUGAAAUCGUCACAAAGAGAAAAAUCCGAAUUACGUAACAAAUUACAAACUCUACAAGAUAAAGUUAAGCAAUUAGAGUCGGAUCGCAAGAGUAAGUUUUCGGGUGGUGGUGGAAUAACAGCUUAUGAUCGUGCAGAAAAAACCACUUCGUUCUAUGAUUCUGGAGAUUACGACUCGAAUCGAAUGGAAAACGCUCAAGGUUCAUAUAGUUGUGGACUUGAUCAUGCCGUUAUUGAGCAAGAGUCUCGUGAUUUACGUUUGAAAGUGCGACGUUUAGAGACACUCUUGGCGGAAAAGGAGUCCGAAUUAGCAAGACUAAAGGCACGCGUACAUGACAGUGCCAAGUGUGGGGAAGGUGGAUUAGAUGCAGAGCGCUAUCGUUCUGCUCAAUUGCAUGCUGAGAAGUUAUUAGAUGCGCGUGAACAGUCCCAUCGACAGCAGGUGUUGCGUUUGGAAAAUCAGAUAUCUAUGUUGCGUGAGCAAUUGGCACAAGAGGCCAAACGACGUCAACAAUACAUUUUGCGUAGUUCUAAAGCCAAUCGCGAAAUGCAACACUUACGAAAUACAUUGGGCGAUUCGUUACGACACGUUUCCCAACAUCCUUUAGAUCCCAAUUUGUUAGAAAGCGAGUCUAGGCGCUUGGACAACGCCGUUUCUAUGAGCCUGCCACCAUCAACAUGUCGAGAUUACGAUCAAUAAAACUAGAAAAGUAGAUUUGUGCGCGAAAGAAAUUAACGAAAGGAUGGCGAAAUUCAAAACAAAUAAACUGCCAUUAAUAGCUUCCUUUUAGAAACUAAAUGCAUUUAUUAGCAUACAUAUUUACAUGCAUAUAAAUUAGUCACAUAGUAUACAAAUCAUACCUAUACUCACUCACACAUACAUGCAUACUUAAAAUCCUGUAUAAAUCAAAAUUAUUGAAUUUGUUUCCAUCCAUUAAACAUUAUUCCAUUGAGAUAUUAUGUAUUACGAUUGAUUAAUAUUACUCUAUGGCUUUUCAUUGUCUGCAAGAUAGACAAUAGAAUAUAGUGUGUUUUAUGCUUGCAUCCCACCCAUAUUAGUCAUUUUCUUUUUUACAAAACUAAAAAAAAACUUUAAUUUAUUUUUACAUUUACUUAUGAUGCUGUUGCAUUUCUCCUCCCUUUAGGAGAAUAUUGCGGUACAGCUUUUAAAACGGUCCAGAUAAACUCAUUUUCAACAAGUUUCACAAACACUUUUGCAUAAAUCAUAUACAUAACAACAAUAAUUACAAGAACAAUACUAACUACAAGAACCACACAAAUAAUGUACACUUUGAGCAAAUAAAAAGUACGAUUGGUA